UCUCUCUCUCUCUCUCACACACACACACACACACAGCCUCCCUCCAUCCUCUGUCUGUCUGCGCCGCGCGGACCAACAAGGAGCGCGUGAUCACAGUUUAUUACCUGACCAGGGUCAGGCUGCGAGGGUCUGCUCCAGCUGAUCUCUGUUUCUGAGGGAAAUUGGAUCGAUCCCUGAGCAGACGGCAAGACAGCUUCAAACCCUGCUGCUGUGAUGGAAAUUCAGUUUAAACACAAGUGAAGCUUCACCAUGCUCACUGGAGCGAGAUCAUGACUUUAGCCAACGAGUCGGACCAGACCUCCUCCUCCCCCUUCCUCGCCCUCUCCUCCUCUUUAGGGGASGAGAACAAUUUCUCAGCUUUUGUCACCCAUGACCCUUCGUAUUCUUCAGUGUCCUUCCCCACCACCUCCUCCUCCCUGAUGACCUCCUCAAACUGCACCGGCUCUCUGACACCUCCCUCCCCUCCGUACAACUUCUACGCCGUGCUGUUAGUCCUGCUGAUCUUCUGCGUGGUGUUCGGGAACGUCUUGGUGUGCGUGGCGGUGUCGCGGGAACGCGCUCUGCAGACCACCACCAACUAUCUCAUCGUCUCCCUGGCUGUGUCCGACCUGCUGCUGGCAACACUGGUCAUGCCAUGGGGCGUCUACCUCGAGGUGGUGGGAGAGUGGAGGUUCAGCCUCAUCCACUGUGACAUCAUGCUCACUCUGGACGUCAUGAUGUGCACCGCCAGCAUCCUCAACCUGUGCGCCAUCAGCAUCGACAGGUACACAGCCGUGGCCAUGCCGCUGCUCUACAACACCAGAUACAGCUCCAGGAGGAGGGUGGCCGUGAUGAUCUCCGUGGUCUGGUUCCUCUCGUUUGCCAUCUCCUGCCCUUUAUUGUUCGGACUAAACAACACCGCAAACCGUGAAGGCACCACCUGCAGCUUCGCAGACCCGGCCUUUGUGGUCUACUCGUCUGUGGCUUCGUUCUAUGUUCCGUUCAUCGUGACGCUGCUGGUGUACGCCCAGAUCUGCGUGGUGCURCGCAAACGAGGCCGACGAACUGCCCCGCCACGCAAACAUGGGCUGCUCGCUCAGAGCAGAGCCGGAGCAGGAGAGGGUCGACAUCGGAAGAAUAAAUGUACACAACCUGAAGAUGUGAAACUGUGCACUCUGAUCCUCAGACCUGCUACCGCAGGUCCUCAACGCAAGAAAGUGCACCCGCAUCUGCCUUUGUCCCCCAAACCUUGCCUCCCUCACCCCACUCCUUCCUCCCUCUCUGUGUGUCAGACCCUGGGGAAGGAGGCGGUGGUCCACCCCGUCGAGGCGGGGCCCGGUCGCUUCCUGCCGCGGACCGAGCAGAGCCUGGCCCCUUCUCCCACCGCCCCCCAGCCCUCGUCCCAUACGGGCCGGGCUCAGAUCUCGCUCUCCAUCUCCGUGGGGCCCGCCCCGGCUCCGCCCUCGGCCGUGACGCGAUUGGGCGGCCUGACGCCCCGCCCUCCCACCCUCGAGGACGGCAUGAGGGGUCGCGAGGGGUGGAGGGAGCGCAGCGCGGGCCGGGAGAAAUGGAGCGCCACCAAGGAGAGGGCGAGGGGGAGGCUGUCGCAGCAGAAGGAGCGGAAGGCCACGCAGAUGCUCGCCAUCGUGCUCGGUGUGUUCAUCAUCUGCUGGCUGCCUUUCUUCCUGACCCACGUGCUGAAGGCCCACUGCAGGAGCUGCUGCAUCUCGCAAUCGCUGUACAGCGCCGUCACCUGGCUCGGGUACCUCAACAGCGCCGUCAACCCUGUCAUCUACACCACUUUCAACAUUGAGUUCCGCAAAGCCUUCAUCAAGAUCCUGCACUGCUAGGCCAGGCUGUCAAAAUAAAAUCAAGUAAAAAAAAAACUGGUUUAGAUAUGAGAUGAGUGGGGAAAGGUAAAGCUAAAGGACUCAGAGGCAAUUUGAUGCUGAGGAGAACUGGGGCAAAAGUCUGGAUGACAAUUCAAAGGGAUGCAAGCGUUUUGGAACCAGAUGAGAUGAAACUAAACAAAAAAAAAUACAUGAUAUGCAGAGAGGAUGACAGCACAUAAAAAAAAACUGUGGCAAGUCGAAUAGCAAAAACCCCAAACAAGAUAUUUUUAGAAGGGAGUACAUGUUUUGUGUUAUGUUUUUUUUAUUCUGUAAAGGAAAUACGUGAGAGCAGGUCUCACCUGAACAUUGUGACUCCGACUGUGACGAGACAGUUCCCCACCUCACCAGAACACUUCCCACUGAUGGAGUUUCCUGUAAUCUUGACAAACCUGCAUUGUUUGCUCACAUUUCGCUAAGGACAUCCUCAAAAACAUCAAGCAAAGAAAGGAGCACGUAAGUUUUAAUUUUUCAGUUUUGUUCUAUUUAGGACUUAUAGCAGGGAUGUCAAACUCGUUUUCAUUGAAGGCCACACCAUAUGAGCAUCAYUGUGGCCCUCAAAGGGAAAAGUUGUAAUUUACUUAGAAUUUUCGUGUUUAACUUGGACUAAACAGAAAACGUCACGUUGCUACAGUUGAGUCCUGCUAACAAACACUAACUGAGCUCUACAUGUAUUUCCUGCAUAGAAACAGUGUUUUAACACACACUCUUAUAAACACUGAAAUGUACGACUGACUAAAUGUGAAAUAAAAAUAUAGAAAUACUAUURAAUGGAAAAGCAAGAGAGCUUUACUCACUAAUGAGCUGUGCUGAGUAGCAACCAUCUUGAAUUCUAAACUCUCCCACUUUUCUACAGGGAAUCCCCACUAGAGGGACAUUCCAGUUUAAAAUUACAACUUGUAAGUGGCAAGAUCCCACUUCACACUACGGCCCCAGCAAAAGUAGACAGCAAAAACGCAGCUAAAUGUAGAUUUUAURUUUUAGCCCUGUGCAGCUCCACCUAGUGGUUGUAAUUUGGCAGGUGAAAUAAUCAUUCAAGGGUGGUCCUUAAAGCAUCAUACGAUUAAAGACAUUCAUACAUUUUUGAUGCUCUCAGGGGCCACAUAAAAUACUGUGGAGGGCCACAUUUGGCCCGCAGGCCUUGAGUUUGACACGUAACUUAUUGAAAAGAUGACAUGAUAGAUGUAUGAAUUUGCUCAAAAACAGAUGUGUUGAAUUUACUUAAACAAAAUAUGUUAACUGAAUAGAGUAAAUACAUCACAUUUACUUUUAAAGUAAAUUUAAAAAUUGCAUUACUUUUACUCAUUUUAGCUGAACCAGUUGACAUCAUUUAUUUAGAUGAAUUCAACACAUCUGUUUUUUGAAUGUUAAUCUUACAGAUAAAAUCCACUUGAAACUUUGUUUGCUUUGAAUCGUUAUGUAUAAAUGUACAUACUUUUUGGACAGUGUAAAUAAUUCUAAAUAACUUGAUUUGCUUUUAAGCAUUGUGUUGUAUUUUUAAUUGAUGAUUUUGUUUUAAAAUCGUCAUCCUAAUAAAAUGAAUUCUUUUUUUUUU